AAGUCGUAAAUCCGCCAUGUUUUCCUGAGCGAGGCGUUGCGACAGGGACGGAGCGCCUGGUCGAAAUGAACGUGGAGAAUAAUAAUACGGCAGAAGCAGUAUGCGACAGGGCGGCCUCAGGCAGCAUCUUCACAAUUCACAGCGGCCUUGGCGACGAAGAUGAAGAUGUGCAUAAAUGUGGUCGCUGUCAACUGGAGUUUACAAGUCUGGAGUCUUUCAUUCAGCAUAAGCUACGGAACAACUGCCAGCGUGGUCAGGAUGCUGUUCCUGUCAUCCAGGCAGAUGAGCCAAGCCAAGAGAACAGUCCAGUUGUGUUGUCAGAUGAGAUCACGGUUGCAGCUAUUUUGGUGGAUGAGAGCAACAGACUACUUGAAGAGGCUAAAAGUUCAUCUGAUACAGGGACCAAAACAAAAACGGAUGAUCAUUCCGGAGAUCAGCUAUCUCAGCAUGGAGAUGACGGGAAUGAUGAGGAGCACAAAGAAGAGGAACAGGACAGCCAAGGAACUGCUCUGAAGGCCAAGUUAAAGACCGAUGAGCACGGGCGCUUCCUUUGUCAGUUGUGUGACAAAACGUUCAAAACGGGCAACAUUCUCCGUGCUCAUUUAAGCACCCACAGUGAGAAGAAGAAUUUCCGGUGUGAGCUGUGUGGCAAUGCCUUCCGUACAAAAGGUUCUCUUAUUCGGCACAACAGGCGGCAUACAGAUGAGCGUCCUUACAGGUGUAGCCUCUGCGGGUUAUGCUUUAGGGAGUCCGGUGCACUGACCAGGCACUUAAAAUCCAUUACACCCUGUACGGAGAAGAUUCGAUUUCAUCAGUGCAAAGAAAUCCUGGUCAGCAAGAAUAGCAUUCAAAAAGUAUCCAGUGAUGCCGAAUUGGACUCUUCUAUCUAUCGUCUCAGGCCAGCUGAGGAGCAACCAUCAGUGGUGGAGGUUGUGCCUGCUGAAGAGCACCACCUUGAGCAGGAAAUUCACGUGCAAAUGGAAUUGGAGAAUACAGGGCACACAGAACAGAUCACUACAUCUGAGUCAAAUGGGCAACCCAGUCACUCAGAGACUGAUGGCAGCAGUCUGAUUAACCAGGCGAUAAUCGAUUCUGAAAUUGGUGCUGAGGAGGAGGAUGAUGAUGAUGACGAAGAUGUUGAUGAUGUUGAUGAUGAAGAUGAGGAUGAGGUAACUGAUAGUGAACGUAUAGAGGACAUCCAAGUGACCGAAGAGUGUGUGGAAGUGGGCUCCGAAGAGAUGGAGACUUCAAAUAGAGAGUCUGACUGUAAGAGUUACGCCUGUCCUCACUGUAGUCGUGUCUUCAGUGGACCAAGUUACCUGCGCCUGCAUAUCAAAGGACACUUGGGUUACAAACCCUUUAAGUGUCAGGAGUGUGACAAGGAGUUCAUCACAGGCUACCUCCUGAAGAAGCAUAUGGAAGCACACAUGAGUGAGAGGCGCUUCAAAUGUGGGGAGUGUGGGAAACUGUACAAGACCAUAGGUCAUGUGAGAGAACACAUGCGAGUUCAUUCAGAUGAGCGACCAUAUUCCUGCCACAAGUGUGGCAAGGGCUACAAAACUAAGAAUGCUCUCCAAGUGCACCUUCGGACUCACUUUGAUGAAAAGCCUUAUGUUUGUCAGUUCUGCUUUCGUGGGUUCAGGGAAAAAGGCUCCUUGGUGCGGCACAUCCGCCACCAUACAGGAGAGAAGCCGUUCAAAUGUUUCAAGUGUGGACGGGGUUUUGCUGAACAUGGCACCCUGAAUAGACACUUGCGUGCUAAAGGUGGUUGCUUUGCAGGUACAAAGGAGUCUGAGACUGCAGAGGUGUCAGAGGAGGACAACACUGCUGACAGCAUAGCAGCCACAAUUAUUUCAGAAGACCCCCACACUGUGCUUGUUGAGUUCUCCUCAGUGGUGGCCGACACACAGGAAUAUAUCAUUGAGGCCCCAGGAGAGAGUGCAGCAGGAGUUGAAGAGACUGAACUGAUCCAUGAUGACCAGCAGCAGGUGGGCAGCCAUAUUAUGAAAGUAGUCCAGCAGAUAGUAAAUCAAGCCAGUUCUGGUCACCAGAUAAUUGUUCAAAAUCUUACCGUGGAUGAAAACACAGAUGUGGCAGAAGAUGGCGGGGACACCAUUACCAUAGCCACGCCAGAAAGUCUGACAGAGCAGGUGGCUAUGACACUGGCAUCCGCUAUUGGAGAAGGUACCAUCCUGACCACAGAGGGCAAUUUGGAAGCUGCUGAGGGAACAGUUACAAUGUUGGCCUCUCAGGACAUUGAAGUGAUGGAACAUGCAGAAGAGUAUGUCAUAGCCACGCCAGAGGAAGUAGAGAUACAGACAGUCAUUGUGUAACCACUAGGGUGAGGUCCUGGUAUUUGUAGCUGACCACCUGUACUGCUGUCCUAACUUUGUUUACAGCACUCGUGACCAUGCAUAUUGUGCCUGGUUGGCUGAACUCUUGGGGCUGAGAUGACUGAAAAGAGCUUAUUUCAAUAGAAAAAGAACAUUUCAACAACAGUUGUCACCUAAGAGAGUCCUAAAAGGAGCUGAAGGGUUUUGACAUUUACAUCCACAUCAUGCCCGAAUGUGGCUGACAUAGCAGAUAAUGAUCUCUACUGGUCGACAGUCGACUGGAUCAAAGUGCCUUGGAUAAGAAACUCGAGCAGCGCCAAUAUGAAGCACACGGCCCCUGAGCUAGCAGGAUGGACCCUUCCUUAGGAUGUGCGUCAGCUGCAGUAGCUUUGGCUAAUCUGAGUGAAGGUAUGGAGGGACUGACCAUGCCACUGUUUACAAGUGUACAGAAUGGAUUCCUGAAAGGAAUAAUGACUGCCAUAGCUUUGAAUUGCAUUGCCUUGAACAGAGUGUGUUAAUAAAUCAGAGACUUCUUUUAUAUAAA